UGUGUUUUUGUGUGUGAUAAUGUAUGCUGAUAGUGAUGCUUGGUAAUCCUGGCUGGUCCGAGGCGAGCUCGCGCUGCGGGCAGGCGUCUCGUUGUGUUCUCGCGAUACUUGACGGGAAUUCGUACUGCUAUGGCAGCUGAACACAAAAAUGCUGCUCCUGAAUCCGCUACAGUCUGUGACAGAGACAGUCUUGCGAAUGAUUCGUUUCAAGACAGUUUUCAAACGAGGGUAUUUAAAAUAAUUGUCAUUGGUGACUCGAAUGUUGGCAAAACGUGUUUAACCUAUAGGUUCUGUGAAGCUAAAUUUCUUAAAAACCCAGAAGCCACAAUCGGAGUUGAUUUCAGAGAGAAGAGCCUGGAGCUGGGCGGAGAGAGUAUUAAGUUGCAGAUUUGGGACACAGCAGGCCAGGAGCGAUUCAGAAAGAGUAUGGUGGAACAUUACUACCGCAGCGUGCACGCUGUGAUCUUUGUUUAUGAUGUUAGUAACCUCGCUUCCUUCGAAAGUCUGCCCGAGUGGAUCGAGGAGUGUAGGCGCCACUCAGUCCCACAGAACGUGCCUCACAUCUUGGUAGGGAACAAAUGUGACUUAGGAAGAGGAGAGGUUCCCACCUCACUGGCCCAGCGACUAGCUGACAGCUAUAAUUUCCCCCUCUUUGAGACAUCUGCCAAGGACCCUGCUGAGAAGGAGCAUGUGGAUGCUAUUUUCCUCACCCUGGCCCACAAGCUGAAGAAUCACAAGCCUCUGAGGCUGAAACAGCCAAGUGAAAGCACUGCAACAUCGCUGACCAGCAAGCAGGAAGAGAAGAAACUCUGUUUCUGCUGAGAUACUGUGGCCUUGUUUAACUGAUUUAAUAUGAUGAUGAAAUGAUAAGAUGGUCAGGUUAGAUUUUGAACUUUUUGCUGUUUUUAAUGAAACAGAAAGGGAUAGAGGGCAAGCAUUAUUAACUAUGUGCAAUUAGCAAAGGUGUUCCUUAUUCUUGAAAAGCCAGUAUGAGUGUUUACCAAUAAAUCAGUACAAUGAUUAAGAGGAACAACACAACAGCAUUAAUGAAGCAAACAAAUAAUUGCAAAAAGUUUGCAAAAGAAAAUGAUCAAAUACUUACAUUUGAAUUACAUUAAAAAUGCCUUAUUAGCAUGACGAAAAUAUAUUGUCAAAGCAUAUCAUUUAUUUUACAUUGCCCUUAAGGUCUAGGGCACAUCCAUUCUGAGCAACUUGAAUUGCAGUGUUUUUGCAAAUGUUGCGUUUCUGUUCGUGCUGUUGUGAGUAUUUAAUUGUUUGCUGCUUUUCAGUUACAUUGUGUCUGAGCCAGAAUUCAAUAAUUUAAAAGUGAUAUUUCAGGAGUUAUAAAGGGAACCAGCUGAUUGUGUUCAUUAUUCAUUGAUCGCAUACAUUGUGUAUACAUUAUAGAUACUCGUAACAUUUCAUAAUUCAUAAUCACUAUUUCACAUGAAUGUGCUGCAUCUAUUCAGUGCAACUCGAGAAAAUCAGUUCUGAUUAUCAUGCAUGUUUGAAGCUAUCCUUACUGUGGAUUUUUGCACAAAAGCAGUAUUGCUGCACUACAUAAACAGUGAAAUUUAGCACCUUGAUCAAAAUUGUAUCAAUAAAUAGGACCAGCUUGCUGCUUUUACUGAUUAGUGUAAAGAAUGCCAUUAAAGUAUUCUCAAAGCUUGUACUUCACAUGAUUUGUAUCACACAGAGGAAUGUUCCCUUUAAUAACACUUAACUACCAGCAUGACAACUCGAUAUAUGUAACAACUUACUCUAAGCUCACACUAAUUUUACAGCAGGGAUGUUAAACAUACAGCUCACGGGUAGGGCCCGGCCCGAUAAAGGUACUAAUCCAGCUCACCAAAUGAAUUUAGAAACCUGGCUCUAAAUUAAAAUUGUCUUGUGGACAAUUAUGUAAUUGAAAGAUUCAAGAAAGAGCUAAUUUCUGUUAUUCCACUAUGGGGCAGUAUAGAGCAAUAAACUCAGGGCCAGAAAAGUAUAAAAGUUACUGUAACUAUGUCUUUUCAAAAGAACUAAUUUUAGGGGUUUCAUGAGAUACCUCUGCAGCCCGGGCCUAGCUCCAAACAGACACUACAGCUCCAAAUGGGCUAGCAUGUUAACAUGUGAUAGCAUGUAUUAGUUAACUCUAACCGUAAACCCUAAUCCAUCUCAUAUGUGGCUCAUUUGGAGCUAGCUUUGGGCUACAGAGAUACAUACUUGGAUUUCACAGCAGCAGGGGUGAAUACUUCAUGCAAUGCAAUCACAACUAUAUUGAUUUUUCUCCCCACUUCAGUAUUGUUGUUUUGUUUUGUGUAUGUGUUUGUAGUCAUGACAUAUAAUCCCAAUUAUGUCCAAUUCAUUUCCUGAUUGAAACAUUACAAAUUGUGGAAAAUUUCAAAUGGGGGGGGUGAAUACAUAACCAAGACACUGUAUAUAUGGUAAAACCAUAAUUUGUCUUUUUUUUGGUACUGAAUUGCAGUGUGUUUGUGUGUUUUGAAAGUGAUAUACAGUCAAUCUGUUUGUGCAUUCCGAAUGUACCUUUCAGAUAAAUGAACAGAUAAAUGAACACAUUUAAGAGGAGUUGUUGGUUAGCAUUUUUGACCCACUUGAGAAUGGACUAAGUGUAAUUUGGCCUGUUACCUAAAAUGAGAUGAACACCUCUGUUUUAAAGGAUUUUUUUGCCUAAAUGAAGAAAGCCUUGAAUUGUCACACAUACAGUGAAAUUCCCACUGUACUUGUUUUUUUUGUUUGUUUGGUUUUUUUUUGACAUCUGAUAUGUUCAGAGCUGUGUGAACCAAAAAUAAAUUCUUUUAAAAUCA